GCUGACGCGGGAGGAGGGGAUUCCAGCCCCCCCAGCCACAGGAAGGCUCCGGGUUCAGGCCGGCUCAGAGGCCAGGAGGAAGGAGCAGGGCCGGGUCCUGGGACCAGCAGAAAAGGAGCCCCAUUGGAAUCGGGGCCCCCCUUCUCAGAGCACCGAGGCCGGAGCCCCGCGACAUGUCAGGGGUGCUGCCCACCCUGGUGGCCAUGCUGUGGGGGGGGAUCCUGGGGGCCGGGGGGCAGGGAGCCAAGCCAGAGAGCCGGGGUGUCUGUGCCCGUCACACCCUGCGGGUCCCCCUGGUUUACAACGAGACCUUCGCCCGGCCGCUGCACCAGCCCUACCUGACCCUGUGCCCCGGGGGACGCAUCUGCAGCACCUACAGGACCACGUACCGUGUGGCCCUGCGUCAGGUGACCAGGGACGUGCUGCAGACCAGAGCCAUCUGCUGCCAGGGCUGGAAGAAGAGACACGUGGGGGCCAACACCUGCGAGGAGGCCGUGUGCCACAAGCCCUGCCAGAACGGGGGCGUCUGCACCAGCCCCGGCCGCUGUCAGUGCCGACCCGGCUGGGGGGGGCGUUACUGCCACGUGGAGAACCCAGGCGUCCUGCCCCACUGCAAGGGUCUCUCCUCUCCAGAUGUGGACGAAUGCCGCUCGCCCGUCCCGCUCUGCUCCCAGCGCUGCCUCAACACCCCGGGCAGCUUCCGGUGCGAGUGUGAGCCCGGCUGGGCCCCGGGGCCCGACGGGACCGGCUGCCACCCGCUGCCCACCGCCCCAGUGCGGGACCCCCCCGCCCCGGAGCGGCUGACCAGGCAGGUGCUGGAGCUGCAGCUGCAGAUGGAGAAGCUGGAGGAGCGCGUGGAGCGGGCCCUGGGGACCCUCCGCCGGCUGCUGCCGCCCCCCCUGGCCGAGCUGGGCCCCGACGAGGCCGCCGAGCUCUGGAGCCGCCUCCGGCACCUGGACCGGCUCGACUCGCUCAGCGACCAGCUCCUGCUGCUGGAGGAGAGCUCCUGCCAGGACGGCAGAAACGGGUUCGGAUACGAAGUGAACCGGUGA